UUUUUUUUUUUUUUUUUAGUUUUUUUUUCUUUUUCUCAAGUCUUCACUUCUUCCACUGGAGCGGACGUCAGCAGGAGAACUCUGACUCGUUCUCCUUCUCUCCUCUCUGGACCGGGCCCGGACUGCAGUGUUUAUAUUUGUGUACCAUGCCGGUGGUGGGUGUAGCCUCCAAACUCAGACAACCCUCCACAGGGGGCACCAAACCCAUGCACACCGCUCUGCCCAUCCCCAGUGCCGCGAAGACGGCCGCUUCCCACAGCUACAUGUCCCGGCAGCAGGAGGUGAGAGGAGGCGAGGGCUCUCCGGGGUUCUCCUGCCACAUGUCCCUCAAGUCAGAGUACGGACAGGAGAAGACCCCGGAGGGACGGUCCAGAGCCCAGACGGAGGAGGGCAAGAUCUGCAAGAUUUACACAGACUGGGCCAAUCACUACCUGGCCAAGUCAGGCUGCCCCCGUCUGAUCAAGGACCUGAGUCAGGACAUCACUGAUGGAGUUCUGUUGGCCCAGAUCAUCCAGAUCAUAGCGAAUGAGAAGGUGGAGGACAUCAACGGCAGCCCCAGGAGUCAGUCCCAGAUGAUUGACAAUGUGGACGCCUGUCUCAGCUUCCUGGACGCCAGAGGAGUGAACGUACAAGGGCUCUCAGCAGAAGAGAUCAGAAAUGGAAACCUGAAGAGCAUCCUGGGACUCUUCUUCAUCCUGUCACGCUACAAGCAGCAGCAGCAGCAGCAGCAGCAGUAUUACCAGUCACUGGUGGAGCUCAGCCAGCAGAGCAGCAGCACUACAGCGCCCACCGCUGGACACAAGACGCAAGACAUGCAGUCCAGCCUCACAGCACGAUACACCAGUCCCCAAGGACACGUUGGAGUUGGACCACAACAGAAGAAGAACACCAGGUUACCUGGGCCCUCCAGGGUUCCUGCUGCAGGCAGCGGGGCCUCCAGGAGCCCCGGCUCCUCCAACCUCAACCGUCGCAGCCAGAGUUUCAACAGCAUUGAUAAGAACAAGCCUCUGCAGUAUGUCAGUGGCAACGACAGAGAGGCAGUGAGGGGCAUCCCAGUGCCCAGUGGGAUGAAUGGGGGCAACAUCAGUGGGGCAGUUCCCACCAGUCUGAGUGGGCAGCAGCUGGCCUCUGCCAUCCCCUCCCCCCCUGGUGGUAAAUCUUGGCGCAGCAAGUCGAUGAACCUUAAACACAGUGCCACGUCCUCAAUGUUGGCCAGUCCCACCCACUCCACCUCCACCAACCACCCCCCCCCGGCUGCAGACGCACUUCAGUCACAUGGGAGCGACGGCUCAAAGCUGGGGGUCGGUGUGGGGGGGGGCGGUCCUCAGAGGUCCAUGCUGGACAAGUUUCGUCUGAUCAACCCCAGGUCGGCGUCGCGAGCGUCACCGUCUGUAGCAGAGAUGGCUCUGCAGGAGGAGGACGACCUGUCGGAGUACGGCGAGGAUGGAGCCACGCCCCCCGGGUUGGUGUGCAGCAGUGCUGCAGUCAAACAAACGCCCACCAGGACCCCCCCAUCCUCACUCAAUCCACCCAGUAAGACUUCAUCGCCGUCCUCGUCUUUUUCUAAAUCUUCUGCCAACAGCGGUCGGACCGCGGCCCCCCCCAAAGACAAGGAGGACAGGAGCAGGUCUGGGAAGUCCUCCAAGGACAACUCUCCGUCCAAAGAUGAGACCUUCGUGGACUCCAACAAGAAGACGUCCAAGAUCGCCAGCCUCAUCCCCAAGGGUGGGAAGCCUUCAUCGGGGAAGAAAGACGGAGGCCCUGCCCCCGCCUCCAGUGGCAUCCCCAAACCUGGACUCAAAGCCCCCUCAGCGACAACAACGGCAAAACCACAGGGUCAGUCCCAGACCCCCGGCCAGUCUGCCUUGAACAGCAGCGGCAACAUGAGAGGGGGGGAGGGGGAGAAGGGCAACAAGCUGACCAAGGGGGGCAGUGUUUAUAUGCAACGUUCCAUUGGAAGCCCAGAGGGUAAAAGGACCAGCCUGACCUCCUCCACCAGCACCUCCGCCCUGUCUGGAGGAGGAGGAGGAGGAGGAGGAGGAGGAGGAGGAGCUCUGGGAGGAAAUGGAGUGGUUCAACUUCCACAGCAGCAGCAGCACAACCACCCCAACACUGCUACUGUGGCCCCCUUCAUGUACAGAACUUUCUCAGAAAACGACUGCACCAUGAUGGUCCCAGCAGACCCCUGCCUCAGCCCCACCAAGGGGGAGCUGGUGUACAGCAAGACAGCCAAGCAGUGCCUGGAGGAAAUAUCAGCCUUGAAGUCUAGAGCCGCAGCCUGGACCUCAGUGGGGGACACUGGGACGCGUCCCUCCGUCCUCCGUCCUCUGGGUCCUUUGUCCUCCAUCUGUUUGCGUGGUGACGUCCAGGUGGAGGCGCUGUGGGCAGAGAUGAAGAGAGGGGCCGAGUUCUCCCUCUACCAGGGGGGAAGCCCAGCUCGGAGGACCCCUCACCCCCCCACCGACAACCUCAACCUGCGGACCAAGCAGCGCUCACUCACUAAUUUGACCUUGUUGAGUGAUGGGGAGCAGCGACUUUACUCCCCGGAGCCUGACGAGCCGCGGCCUCGCGGUUCCCAGACGCAGACCUGUUCCUGGUACUUACCGUCCACACAGAGGGCAGCGAGCAGUCUGCAGACCAGCCCCAGGAAGGAGGUGGUGAGAAGAGCUGGAGGUCUCCGUGGCACCAGAGCUCAGUCCCUGUCCCUCCCCCUCACUCUCACUAAGACUCUCUCCCAGUCAGAACACUCCCUCAUCCCAGUUCCUUGGCGAGGUUCAGCCGCCGGGGCACGGCCGCAACAGGCGUCACACGGCGGUCACUCGCGGACCGAGCUGCAGCAGAAGUCCAGAGUGGAGGUGGAGACGGAAGACGACGGGCGUAGCUGCCUUUUUGAUAAGGAGGUCAGACCUGGCACAAAACAAGGAGGUAGGAGGAGGAGGAGUAGAGAGGGUUGGGCUGAAGAGGAGGUGUCGGAGGGAGGUCCUCGUGAGGGGAGAGCUCAGCUGGACAAGGACAUGAUCAUGACCAUGUUAGGUGACCUGGAGCAGGUGCUGCAGCCUCACACACGAGAAGACCCCGAGACCAGACGGAUGAGGACAGUGAAGAACAUAGCUGACCUGCGGCAGAACCUGGAAGAAACCAUGUCCAGCCUACGGGGGACGCAGAUCAGCCACAGUACUUUAGAGACGACCUUUGACACCACAGUCACCACUGAGGUCAACGGGCGUGGUCUUCCAGGUCUCACCGCCCGCUCCUCCCCCAUGGCCUGGCGACUCGGUCAGACCCAAACCCCUCGUCUCCAGGCGGGCGACGCCCCCUCCGUUCCCAGUGGGUAUGCUGCGCCGAGGCCAGGCCCGACCGGCACCGCCCCCGCCACGGGGCGCUACUGCGGCCCCUCGGACCCUGCCAGGUUUGUGUACGGCGCCCCCCUGAGACGAUCUGCAGGGUUGAGGGGGACAGAGCAGGGGGAGAAGGGGAAAGGAGAAGGAGCGGGGCUGGAAGGCAGGAGGCAGAUGGAGGUGACAGGGUACAUGAGUGAUGGGGACAUCCUGGGGAGCAAAGGACGGACGGAUGAUGUCACCAGCGGGUACCUGACAGAUGGAGGUCUGCUCUACACCAGGAACACAGGGAGAUCAGACGUGACGUCGUCCAGAGACCUGUCCCAGAGAGGAAGCAAAGAGAUGCAGGGGGACAUCGACAGUUGGGACGACAGCAGUUCAGUGAGCAGCGGCCUGAGCGACACGUUGGACAACAUCAGUACAGACGACAUAAACACACCUGCGUAUCCUGCUGUCAGUACAUCACGCAAGAGCAAGGGGGCACCGUCUCAGAGAGGGAGCAGAUCCAAACAUGCAGAGCAGGAGGUGAGCAGCAGUUGGGUCGGAGCUGAGGAUCUGAAGAAGGUGGAGGAGGAGCUGGACCCGGGUCUGGACCCCAGCACUGGAGCUUCACGCUGGAAGUCUUCAUCAUCUGCCACGUCCUCACAGGCCCAGGCCCAGUACGAGGACGCGGGCCAGAAGGCUGCCACACUGGCCCAGAUGUCUCAGACCGGCUCCUGGAGGAGGGGCAUGACGGCCCAGGUGGGCAUCACGCCCCCCAGGACCAAAACAGCUUCUGCAGCCCUCAAAUCACCAGCAGGGAAGACCGAUGAUGCUAAGGCUACAGAAAAGGUCAAAGCUCCUCCAAAGGGCUCGGCUUCCAUCCAGCGUUCGCCCUCGGACGCCGGGAAGAGCAGCGGAGAUGAGGGUAAGAAGCCUCCCUCUGGGAUCGCACGCCCCCCCACCACUGGCUCGUUUGGGUACAAGAAGAUUCCAGGUGGCGCUCUAAUCACGUCCAGUGGGGCGACGCUGACCAGCGGCUCAGCCACGCUGGGGAAGGUGCCCAAGUCCUCGGCCGCACUGGGCAAAGGCAUCGGGGGGGCACGGAAGACCAGCUUAGACGGCUCACAUCCACAGGACGACGGCGUUCUCCUGGGCUGCGGGGGCUCCAAGGUCACCCUCCAGUACCGCUCCCUGCCCCGACCGGCCAAAUCCUCCAGCGGGGGGGCGGCGGGACGAGGCGGGAAUCGUUCCAGCUCCAGCAGCGUCGACUCAAACGUCAGCAGCAAAUCAGCAGGGGGCGCCGUGGCCACGCAGACGGGCGCGAAACGCAGGGAUGCUAAAGUGACCUCGGACCGCUCCAGUCCAAUCACGGUCAACCAGACGGACAAGGAGAAGGUGGGGGGGUCGGAGCAGGACCAGGCAGCCUCCCCCAAGUCCAGUCCCACCUCCACAGGCCAGUCGGGUCUGAGGCAGCCGGGCUCCAAGUACCCGGACAUCGCUUCUCCAACCUUCCGCAGAUUGUUUGGCACCAAAGCCAGCAGCAAGGCCAGCUCCCCAGGCACGCCUGACUCUGGCAAGUGCCCCUCAAUUUUGGGCAGCCCCCAUGGCACAUUGGCGAGGCAGGCCAGUCUAGACUCACCCUCCUCUGGCACAGGGAGCCUGGGCAGUGCCGGUGGGCUGAGCGGCGGUAGCAGCCCCCUGUACGGUAGAACCCCAGACCUGUGCACUGAGUCCCUGGCCUCCAGCCCAGCCUCGGGCCUUUCCCUGCCCUCCAACGCCCGGCCCUGGCCUACUUCUAGCUCCUCAGCAGGCAGCAAGGACACACUGAGCUGCCAAAGUAUGAGCAGUCUGCACACCAGCUCUGAGUCUAUUGAUCUGCCACUGGGUCACCAAGGGCCAAAGAUCACACGGACCAGCAGUGUCAAGUCCACCCUGUCUGAGGGCAUGCCUCUGGACAGAAACACACUCCCCAAGAAAGGACUGAGGUACCCACCGUCCUCUCGACAGACGUCCAAUGAAGAGGGUAAGGAGUGGCUGAGGUCCCAUUCCACCGGGGGGCUCCAGGACACGGGCAGCCAGUCCCCUCUGUCUCCUCCAGGAGCUGCUAGUACCACCACAGGAAUUCACGGCUCCUCACUGUCUCUGGUCUCCAGCACCUCCUCACUUUACUCUGCGCAAAUCAGAAAGCUGCGUCGGGAGCUGGACGCCUCUCAGGAGAAGGUGGCGACGCUGACGUCUCAGCUGGCUGCCAACAACAAAAGGAUCCGGCGGCAGCAGUCCUCUGAGAGCAUGUCCAGCAUCAACAGCGCGGCCAGUCACUCCAGUCUGGGCAGUCUGUCCAAGGAGACGGAGGACAAGAAGAAGAAGAAGAAGAGCUGGGUGGCCGACUCCAUCCCAGCGCAGUUACGCAGCUCCUUCAAACAGGCGUUCAGUAAGAAGAAAACCAAGUCCCAGUCGGCCCACGAUGAGGCGGAGGAGACGAGCGACUCGCUGCCGUCCUCGCCCAAACUCCACCACGACAACAGGCUGGGCAGCACCGUCACCCUCCACUCCUCCCCCUCCGCCACAGAGUUGUGUGAAUGCACUGAGGCCGAGGCAGAAAUCGUCCUCCAGCUGAAGAACGAGCUCCGAGAGAAGGAGCUGAAGUUGACGGACAUCCGCCUGGAGGCUCUGAGCUCCGCCCACCACCUGGACCAGAUCCGCGAGGCCAUGAACCGCAUGCAGAAUGAGAUUGAACUGCUGAAGGCGGAGAACGACCGCCUGAAGUCCAGCAGUAACGUCACACCGACGGCCACGCCCGUCAAGACGGGCCGACCUCCUUCAGAGACCUCCAGCACCUCCUCCUCCUCCUCACGCCAGUCUCUGGGGCUGUCGCUAAACAACCUCAACAUCACUGACUCCAUCAUGUCAGACAACCUCCUGGACGACGGUUAUGAAGGAAACCUCCGGAGAGAAGGUCGCAGCGUGAGGAUAGUGGUGAACAUCAGCAGUGGCUCCAGGAGGACCAAGAAGGUUCUGCAGAGUCAGGAUUACUUGAUCGGCUCCAUAGGUGUGAGUGGGAAGACCAAGUGGGACGUCCUGGACGGAGUGGUCCGCCGCCUCUUCAAGGAGUAUGUAUUUCGGGUGGACCCGUUGACCAGCCUGGGCCUCAGCUCUGACAGCAUAGUCUGCUACAGGAUGGGUGAGGUGGUCCGUGCCCACGCCUCUGAAGUGCCUGAGCUGCUGCCCUGUGGCUACCUGGUGGGGGACAACAAUGUCAUCAGGGUGGUCCUCAAAGGAGUGAGGGACAACAGCAUCGACAGUCUGGUCUUUGACACCCUCAUCCCGAAGCCCAUCGUCCAGCGCUACCUCAACCUGUUGAUGGAGCACCGUCGGAUCAUCCUCUCUGGACCCAGUGGGACGGGGAAGUCCUUCCUGGCCGCCAAGCUGGCCGCGUACAUCAUUUCUCAGACGGGACAGGAAGUGACCGAGCACAACGUGGCCAGCUUCAACGUGGACCAAAACUCCAGCAAGGAUCUGCGUCAGUACCUGUCCACCCUGGCAGAGCAGUGUAACUCUAAGGAGACGGAGACAGAGCUCCCCACGGUGGUCAUUCUGGAGAACCUCCACCACAUCGACUCCCUCAGUGACAUCUUCAACGGUUUCUUGAACUGCAAGUACCACAAAUGUCCGUACGUCAUUGGGACCAUGAACCAGGGAGUCUCAUUGUCUCCUAACCUUGAGCUUCACCACAACUUCAGGUGGGUGUUGUGCACCAACCACACCGAGCCAAUCAAAGGCUUCCUGGGACGGUUCCUGCGCAGGAAACUGAUCGAGACGGAGAUCCAGAAGAACGUGCGGAGUAACGAACUGAUCAAGAUCAUCGACUGGAUCCCAAAGACCUGGCAGCAUCUCAACAGCUUCCUGGAGACACACAGCUCCUCUGACGUCACCAUAGGUCCUCGUCUUUUCCUUUCCUGUCCCAUGGAUGUGGAAGGAUCCAGGGUUUGGUUCACCGACCUGUGGAACUACUCUCUGAUACCGUACCUGCUGGAGGCCAUCAGGGAGGGGCUCCAGCUUUACGGGAAAAGAGCAGCGUGGGAGGAUCCGUCCAAGUGGGUGAAUGACACGUAUCCGUGGAGCGCCCCCUGUCUGCAGCAGGACGGCCAGUUACUGCUGCAGCUGAGGCCGGAGGACGUGGGAUACGACAGCUACAGCUCAUGUAAGGAGGGGGCCUCGUCCAAACAAGUGUCCCAGAGCGACACCGAGGGAGACCCACUGAUGAACAUGCUGCUGCGGCUGCAGGAAGCGGCCAACUACUCCAGCACCCAGAGCUGUGACAGCGACAGCACCAGUCACCAUGACGACCAGCUGGACUCCUCCGUGGAGUCGGCCCUCUGAGAGCACCUCUGUCGCUCUGACCUCUGUGACCUCUGUGACCGCCGAUCCAUCACUGAUUGUGCAGUGACUCUAAUUAUAAGUGUCAAUCACCACCAAAUUAAUGACAACAGGAAACAGUCGGACAGGACGGAUCACUCUGGACAAACACACGUACAUCCAUAUAACCCUGAGGUCAGUGUCCUGCUGUGGUUCAGUGUCGUUGGUGUCGAGUGGUUCACGGGUCCAAACCGGAUGUUUGUCUCUUUGUUUGUGAAUUUAAAAAAAAACAAAAGCCUUUUUUCCCGUGACGUCUUCAGAUGUUUACAGCGAGGCUGUGGUGUUUUUUAGUCUCUCCUUGUUGACACAGGUGCUUCUUACCACGGUUCACGUGAAUGCACUCAAACACAGGCAGAACUGUUUCCUUUGUUCAGUGUGAACUCGCAGUGACGUCACAACCUAGCCUGCCGAAGUGUCCUUGAACACCUCAACGUUCCACAGUCAGCUGUUCUGAUGAAGGUUUUCAACCACAGCACGCGGCUCGACGGUGAUGGGAUGCCCUCUAGUGGCCUCGUCGAAGGUUUCUUACUCUCGUUGCCAUGUGAACCACGGUCUGCUCUAAGGUUCAAUCAUAAACGCAGUUUGUCAACAGUCAGCAUGCACUUCCCAUUUCUGGCCUGCAGGUGGUGCUAACUAUGCGUUGAAAGUCCACUUCUACGGUUGACGUGUAGUGACCCGUAAAUACACAGAGAAUUGUGAAGUUAGUCAUUAGGUUUUACUGGAAUAGCAUGUAGCUAAUGCUAAGACCUGACAGGUGGUGGUUCCAGUUAGCAAUGACGGCUAACAGAGCUGUGCUAAUCUGUGGAGACGUUUAAUCCCAACAUGCAUUUCAAAGAUAAACACUGACAUACAAGACAAACUGACUGGACUGCUAAAGGCUAGGACAAAGCUAACCAUGCUAACAGCCUCGGCCUCGCUUCUAAUUUAGACUUUACCAGAUCUGGAUAAGUGAGUGGGAUUACUGCCACCUAGUGGAACCGCAAUCAUGAGGUUGUGCUGAUAACUUGUGUUCACAACCCAAACAGUAUUAAAUUGUUUGCACACACACACACACACACACACACAUCGUUGCUGCCUGUUUACGUUGCUCAACCGUCAACCAGCAGAUUGAACCUGGGUCUGGGCCGCGGACUCUGGGCUACAACCUCUGGGCUACAACCUCUGGGCUACAAACUGUUUACGUCUGCCUUGGAGUUUCCCACAGUGCUGUAUUUAAAUGUAGAGCUUGACCUGCAGAGGGCAGUGUUUAGCAGAUCUAUUAAAAAUGAGAAGCAUCUCCAGCAGGAAAGUGAACAACAGUACCAGAGUGGUACUUUGUGAACACAGAUGAUUGGUUUACAUUUGCUCCCCCUUCAGGUGGGUGAGGAAAUUGCAAACAUUGGUGGUAAAUUUGAAACUGCUGCUCGUAGCUGGAAUCACAGCGUUUUUCUCGAUGUGGCCGUUUUCUCCCAGCAGCCCCGUGGUGGUCCUGAUCCUCCAACCAUGUUGUAGAAACACUUGGGGGGGGGGGGGGGGGGGGGGGUUGUUCUCCGUGAGCUGGGCUCACUGGAACAAACAGGAGCACAGCGUUUAGUUCUCACACCUGUGGAGCAUGUUUCAGUGGACGUGUUGAGGAGACGUCUCUUCUGUCUUGAUGUUUGCUGAUUGGAUGGAAGCCAUUUUGAAUUUGGAUUGUAAUCUUAUUGUUUUUAAUAUAUGAAUUGUUUUUGCACACUUUGAGGUCGGGGUGCCUUGUAAAUACCAGUGAGUGACAGACUGAACGACAACAGUUUGAACAAAAAAAACUUUUCCCAUUUUCUUCUCCAUCCUGCCGGGACCUCGUCGGGAUCUUCUCCGUCUUUGGGAAUGCAUGUGUUCCUGCGUGGACCUUUUAACCCAAGCUUCCUGUCAGAUGAGGCGAGCUGCCUGAUCCACUGAAGCUGACCUGACACCGUACUGUAAACACACUAACCAACAACCAACAGGUGCUACUCGUCAGUCAGAUCUCACCAGAUGCCAAAACAGGUCACGACCUCAGGACAAUCAGAACCUACACACACCUACCUGUGUUCAGCUUCACGUGGCUCUGCAGCCCGGCCUCUGAUGGUCGCACACACACACACACACGAGUGACCAACGUUACUAAUGUUGUGUCCACCAGAGUCAGCAGUUGACCAGGUUGACCUGAUGGUGGCGCAGUUGGAGUGGUAACACACCUGUAUCUAUGUAUCAACCCGACCUUAACUAGUUCAUAUUUAAACCAGUUAACUAGUCUACACGACUGUUCCUCAGUCUCCAGAGCGUGGACAACAUCAACAGCGUACUCCGUCACUCAGACGAUCGACUGUCAAUUAUUCCACGUACAGCCUGCAGUUUCCUGUCAGAUUAAAUCCAUUUAUCCUGUUUUAAGAGAAUGUUUUUUUUUCUUUCUCUUCUUUCUUUACGAAGCAUUUGUCCUUAAAUGUUUUAUAUUUUGUACAUUUGUAUGUAACAUAUCAUGUAAAUAGACAGAGACAGUGAUUUAAGUCAUCUGGAGGAUUUUGUAGUCUUUGUAAAGCCCUAAAUAAAUGGUAUUUGGUGUCACACAAACAGAAAUCAGACAAGCUUUUAUUUUGACUUUUGUGUCUAUUUAUGACCAACGGUUUAACACAGCUGUGUAUGAAGAGAUGUUCUGAUCAGGCGGGUAUUAAAAUAAAUCAUCUAUAUUGACUGUUGCUUUAUAACCUCUUAGUUUAUUUAUUUAUUUUAUUUUUAUGAAAGUCAACUGUUGCCUCAACCCUGACUCACGGAAGUGGUGUUGAUCAAUGCAAGGCUGGUACUGGUGUCACCACCAGCUGACGUCUGUGUGUAAUUACAGUGUAACACGGAGUGAGUGACAUUUAUAAUAAUUAUAUUUUUUAACAAUUAUAAAAAAAUUAUAUUUUUAUUUUGUUCUAUUCGUUUUAUUUUGAACGGCGGCUCCGACUGUAAUCACUUCCGGGUCGUCGUCAUCUGCGACUGAAGCAAACAUGGGAGUCGGCUCAACUCCAGCGACGAAGUCCAACGAAGAAGAGAAAAUGUUUUCAUCGAGUCCAGUUUCUCUGCCCAAACAUUCGUACUGGUUUGACUUUUGGGCGUUCGUGGUCUUCGACAUCGCCCUGUUCCUCUUCAUGUAUCUGCUGGUUCCCUAAAAUGUUGGUUCCCGGAGCCUGGAGACAUGGACUGCUGCUCCCUGAAUGCUGACCAAGCUUUGAAUGAACACUGUGUGACGUCACAGGCUCCCACACCCUGGACCAUGGAAACCUGCAGUUGUGUCGUUUCACUGAAUGCUGUCUUGAUUCUUGAACUACUUUUCGUGUGGUGUGUGUUGUCAGUGACAGUGACGUCAUAAGGGCUUGUAACGUCACUCCAGUGAUAUAUUUAUUAAAACAAAUGUAUUUUACUAUAAACGUGUUACAGCAGACUAGAACUGUUGUUUCAUGUUUAGGUUCAAAUGUUUCCAAAUACAAAGAUAAUAUAUAUAUAAAUAUAUAUAUUUGUUUUUAUAAUAAGCAUUAAAUCCUCUGAAGGUUCAGUCGAUUCACUUUUUUCUAACAGUUCUGGAGUUUCUGCUAAUAAAAAACUAAAGUAAUUA